CGCGGCUCACUCACUCACACUGGCUCAUCAACGCUGGACGAGACGCGCAGCUGACAACUAGUGUACUUUUUCAUUUUCCCAUACUAAACGACUCUAAACGUCAGCAAAAUGGGGAAAGGAUGCAUAACUGCGACCAAGUACUUCCUGUUUCUCUUCAACUUCAUCUUCUUUAUCUUCGGAGCCACGAUUAUGGGAUUUGGACUGUGGAUCCUCCUAGACAAUCAGAGUCUCAUUGCAGUGUUGCAGGAGUCAUCCGUGAUCCUGAAGGUGGUCUCUUAUAUUCUGAUUGGCGUGGGCUCCUUCUCCAUGCUUCUGGGGUUUCUGGGAUGUCUGGGAGCCAUCUAUGAAAUCCGCUGCUUGCUUGGAUUGUACUUUACCUGUCUAUUGCUCAUUCUCCUGGCUCAAGUGGCUGUGUCCAUUCUCAUCUACUUCCAGCGUGAUUUGUUGAAGACUGAGGCGGAUAAAAUUGUGUCUCAAGUUGUGGCAAACUACCCUGGACAGAACAAAACCGCAGAGCAGGCCUGGGACUACCUGCAGAGAACAAUGCAGUGUUGUGGCUGGAAUGGACGCAUGGACUGGGACGAGAACCAUAUAAUAAAGAACAAUACAGUGCCGCUGUACCCAUGCUCCUGCCACAAUUACUCCAUCCAAGCACCAAUUGUACCUGAUAACGGCUUCUGUCAGGCCUCUUCUAGUGAUUGGCCCAUCUAUCAGACGGGCUGUCUGGAGCAUGUGGGGAGCUGGCUCUUCACAAAUUAUGGAAUUAUUUUGGGAAUCUGUCUUGGGGUGGCUGUCAUUGAGCUGCUUGGAAUGAUACUUUCUAUGGGCCUUUGCAAGAGUGUACACCAAGAGGAUUACACCAAAGUACCGAAGUACUGAGAAGGAAACACGGACACUCAUACACAAAUGUAUUCAGUCCUUUUUUCUUUUUGGAAAAACAGAUCUCCCUCUUUUUUUCUACAGUAUACACAGUGUUUCCAAAUGAAAAAAAAUGUUAUGUUUAAUCAUGAGACUUCACCCGUUGUCAGUAACACUAUCCCUGUGAUGUCUAAUGAGAUCUUCUUAGUCCAUUUUGAAUAGCCCAUUGUAUGACAGUUUGAAGUAUAGCACAUGAAGGCUGCCCACAUAAAUGAAUGAAACGUGUAUGACGAGACUCGCUGCCCCUGAAUGCUUUAUUUAUACACCAAAACUCAUUAACACCCAUUCUAGUCUGUUUGCUUUGAUCAUAGAGGCCCAAACUACGAGUUAACAGCCAAUUAAACUUCGGUUUGCUCUUUAUAGACAACAGGAAAACCACAAAGGGCCUGCUUUUGUUAAAACAGGAUUUUACUUUGAUAUUUAGCAUUUUGUGGUAUACAUAUACUGACACAAUUCCCACCCUUCUGUAGUGGCAUGUCUCAAAUACGAAAGUUGUGUUUUAUAGUCUGCCGUUUAUGUUUGUACAUCAGUGUUGUUUCAGGUUUAUCUUUUAUUAGUGUGUAUAUAUUUUAGGUUUCAUUUGCAUGUUCAUUUGGAUAAGUCUUGGGAGACCUUUUUUUUGUACAGAUGAUAAAUUGUAUAGCUGCGUCCCAAAUCGCAUACUUAUGCACUAUUCUACGCCAUUUUGUAGUAUAAACAGUGUAAGUAGUGUGUUCACACUAAAAACUCUAAAAACAUUAAGUGCACUUUAAUUACCCGGAUGAUGCACUCAUUCAGCCGAUAAAAUGAAGUGUGUAAUGAUGGACACUUCACGCACUCAACGACAGCAGGUUUGCUUACGUACGGAAGGGGCGGAGCUAUCGGACCCACAUGUUGAAUAACUUUAUUUAUUUUGGAUGGUGAGAUCAAAAUUCUCCUACGAGAGUGAUUAUAGCUCCUCCCGAUGGUGAAUGCGGCAACACUCACGGCAGGUAUUAUUUGAUCAUUCGGUUGUUUAUUUCACUGAUUUGGCGACCGUCAAACGUCAUCAGGGAAACGGUUAGAAUUUCCGCUUAGUAAAAAAACAUUAGUGUGCCAUUUGGGACAACACUACAUACAUAUACUAUCCUGUUGAGUGUGUAAGUGCAUAAGUACAUAGUGCAUGAGUGCAUAGUGUAUAGUGUGCCAUUUGGGACGCAGCUUAUGUCUUUUUUCUACAUGCGUAAAUCGAGCUUAUUUGUAUGAGCACGUUUGUAAGGAAGUAUAUGAAGCUAUUCCUCGAUGAUGUGAACCAAAAUUAAGAGAUUCGCCCCCAAAGUUGACUGCAGACUUGAUUUAUUUUGUAUUGCGUUGAUCCUAAUUUAACCGAGUUUCUCCUCUGGCACCACUUUGUCUUUAAUUGUAUACUUGUUUUUGACAGGUAUAAUGGAAGAGAAAAAAGAAAUGGAACAGUGUUUUCUUUAUCAUCUGUAACAAUUAUUUUGCAUUUGUAAAACUUUUAGUUUUGUAAUAUAAGGUACUCACUUAUUUUAGUGUUUUGAUGUUCCAAAAACAAAUCCUAUUUUUUUGUAAUACUGGGAAUACAGUCCCCUACCAAGUAAUUAUGAAAUUAUUGAAGUAUUGUAACUACAUGUACCUUUCUUAAGCCGAAUGUGAUACAAUAAAUAACUCACCCAA